AUGAUCUUAACCAGUGGUAUCAAAGAGUGCACCAAAGCUAAUAAAGAAAAUUAUAAUAGAAAUGCUAUUCCUAAUUUACAUGGGAUGACAUUGGGAUCAGUUUCCUCAUUAAGCAUUCAACCGUUCCCAUUAUUACAGUUUAAUCUUCAUCUUCCAUCAUACACUUCGUCCUCGCUUCAUGAGUUCAAAUAUUUAGCACUCCACUUGCUACCUGCUACGCCUAGAGCUGCCCAAUUGGGACGAACAUUUGCCAGCGGAGUCAAGACCACCAGAACAAAAUUUAUACCCGAUAAUGUCAACGUUAAAGAUGACGGAGAAGUGUUUCAUGAGAUGACUACACCUUUUGAAAAGCUACGCGAGUCACAUGAUUGGUUCUACCAUUGUAUAGAGGAAGAUGCCAUAAAAAUACCGGUGUUAAAGGAAAGUGAAAGAGUAUUCAUCUGUAAAGCAGAAAACCAUAUGAUCGUUCAUGAUCACGAAUCUUGGGUAGUAAAAGUGUUGGAGAUUUUAACUCCAAAUGAGAAAUAUUUGCAUUCAAAGACUGGAGGUCUUAUAUAUUUCAACCGAUCUUUCCACCAGGUGGGUCAAUCCCUUAGAGAUUAA